ACAGCGCUACGUCAUAUUGAGGCGACCGCUUCCCGGAUACUAGUAGGGUCAGUGGAAACUCAAAUUAAACAUGUCCACUGCUAUGAACUUCGGCUCCAAGGCUUUCAAACCUCGGGCUCCGGAUAAAGGCUCUUUCCCCCUGGAUCAUCUUGGGGAGUGUAAAGGCUUCAAGGAGAAGUUCAUGAAAUGUCUGCGAGACAACAACCACGACAACUCCCUGUGUCGGCUGCAGUCCAAAGACUACCUGGAGUGUCGGAUGGACAAUCAGCUAAUGGCCAAGGAGCCAAUGGAGAAACUGGGAUUCAGGGACCUGGUGGAUGCUCCUCCUGGCCAAGCGGACAAAGACGCUGAACCCUGACCUGAAAGACAACAAUGGUGUUUUUCCCGAUCUGAACAUCUCCAUCAUUUCGUUGGGGGGGAUGAGAUGACAACACACACAAAAAAGUGUUUUAAAUUUAAAGACCGCUGCGAGUGUGAAGCUGAGAAUUAUGACUGCAAGAGGGAACUGUGGUUCAUAUUGUUGCCUGAGUUUGAUACAUAACUGUGUCAAUCACUUGUGUAAAUAAGAUAAGAUGUGUAAUAUAUAGUGAUGUUGUUUUGAAAUGUCAAUAAAUCCUUUGUAUUUAAACUAAA